AUGGACUCAGGAAACGUGCCAGACCCGUGCCGUGGGGUCACAUGUGGUCCCGGAGCACUUUGCCGGCCCACGCCUGAUGGCCGCUCCUAUAACUGCGAGUGCCCCACUUCCUGCCCCAGUUACGGGGAUCACGAGGGCUCUCGAGCUCUGUGCGCCAGCGACGCAAGAGACUACCCUGGCGAUUGUGAGAUGCGACGCGCUGCAUGUGACACCAAUACGAAUAUUACGUUCAAGUAUUACGGAAAAUGUGACCCUUGCGCCGGCGUGACGUGCCCUGAUCCCGAAGUUUGUCAGUUGGAUGACCGUCGUUCUCCGUCGUGUCGCUGUGCAGAACCCUGCCCUUUAGAGUUCUCCCCCGUAUGCGCCUCGGACGGGAAGACGUAUUCCAACGAAUGUCAGAUGCAUCGAGAGUCUUGUCGUGCUAGGAAACAGUUGAAAAUCAUAUUCAAAGGACAGUGCAGCACGGAUCAUUUCCAAAGCGUAACGCAAUCCGCAUUACAACGUACACGACAUCCAAUUUCGCUCCUAUACCUACUGGUUGUAAAACGUUCGAAGAUCAUAAUUUCAAAUUACAAAUUUACGUUUAUAGGAGUAAAUCCUUGCGCUGAAGUGGAGUGUCGCCACGGCGCGGAAUGCCGCGUUGAGGGAGGCGGCGCGGUGUGUGCGUGUCCGCCGCCGUGCGAGCCGGUGUUGCGUCCCGUGUGCGGCUCCGAUUCCCGGACGCAUGACAGCGAGUGUGAAUUGCGACGGGCGGCUUGUUUGCUCGGCAGGGAACUGAGGGUGUUGCACGCUGGCGCUUGUGGUUCAAACGGCGUAUGCGCUGGCCGAGUUUGCCCCCACGGCGGGGAAUGCGUCGCGACGGGUGAGCGUGGUGUCUGUCGUUGUCCGCGCUGCUCCAACGAGUUCGCGCCCGUCUGCGGCUCCGAUGGUAUAUCGUACGGCAACCGCUGCAAGCUGCAACUAGAGGCUUGUAGGCACCGGCGCGACGUGCAGGUGUUGUACGACGGCCCUUGUAACGGCUGUGAAAAUAAGAAGUGUGAAUUUUACGCCGUCUGUGAAAGCGACGGCAUUUCGGAAGCCAGCUGUGUCUGUCCUAAACAUUGCGAAGAAGGAACCGAGACUGAAGAAGUGUGCGGCAACGAUAACAAUACUUACAGUAGUAUUUGUGCAUUGCGGGACGUAGCUUGUCGUGAGAAGCGCCGGCUUCAUAUUAAACAUAUGGGCUCUUGUGAAUCCUGUUUGGGCGUCCAGUGCCCAGUCGGCACUUGGUGCGCUCGCGGGGCAUGCGCGUGCGCAACUCCGUGCGCAGACUCGGCGCGCGAGCCCGUGUGCUCCGAUACACGGCGGACUUUUCCGCACGAGUGCGCACUGCAAAAGGCGGCUUGUGAAGCGCGCAUGCGCGGGGAACAGUCAAUGAGAGUCGCGUAUUAUGGCGAGUGCACUGAUUCGCAGGAUGAUAAUAACACGGCCGGCGUGAAUAAGACUAUGAAAACUGAUUUGAGCAAUGAGAUUCGUUCUUCCGAUGAGACGGAGAGUUCGAGCGAGCCCGGUGCGAGUAAAGCAGUAUGCGCAAGAGUGCAAUGUGCUUACGAAGCUACGUGUGCUGUCGAUAGCCAUGGACAGCCUAGAUGUGCCUGUCUAUUCGACUGCGCGGCAGCAGCAGCAGCGACAACCUCAGCUGCCCCAGUCUGUGCGUCUGACCUGAGACUGUAUCCUACCCUCUGUCACAUGAAGCUGGAAGCUUGUAGAAGACAGGAGGACUUAAGACUCCGCCCUCUAGCAUUAUGCCGGGGAUUAGAGUUCAGGCCGUGUGGGGACGAUGAACCGCUAACGGACGCAGAGGGCCGUCCAAUGGACUGCGGCGGAGGCCCUCACCGCAAGGACUGCCCCGCUGGCAGCUACUGUCAUCACACCGCUAAAGCAGCUCGAUGCUGUAGGAAGGAGAAAGGUAUGAUCGAGACCAAAAGCUGCCAAGAGUCCUGGCACGGUUGCUGUGCGGACGGCGUCACAGCGGCGCGCGGUCCGGGCGGCGCCGGCUGUCCGUCACAAUGCGGCUGCCACCGGCUCGGCUCCGUGUCGGAGCAGUGCGCCGAGGACGGCCAGUGCGCGUGCCGGCCCGGCGUCGGCGGCACCAAGUGCGACCGCUGCGAGCCCGGAUACUGGGGGCUACCUAGGAUAGGCACUGGACAUGCUGGAUGUAUACCUUGUGGAUGCUCAGCUUUUGGAUCGGUACGCGAGGAUUGCGAACAAAUGACAGGAAGAUGUGUGUGCAAACCAGGCAUACAGGGACAGAAGUGUACUGUUUGCUCCAAUCAUGAACACACUCUUGGACCUAAGGGUUGUUUUGAUCCCGAAUCAACGCAACUCCCAGCAACAAACUGCGAUCACAUGACAUGUUAUUUCGGAGCGUACUGUUUAGUGCGUAGUGGGUUAGCGACGUGCGAGUGCACAGCUACUGAGUGCGCCGCCACUGAAGGCCCGCCUGUAUGCGGCAGUGAUUCUCGCACUUACCUCUCUUCUUGUCAUCUGAGAGCCCACGCUUGCAGAACUCAAUCCGAUAUCGUAGCCCAAGCCUUUGGCCCUUGCGCCAACGAAACACCCCACGUCAGGCGAGAAUAUGUCUACAUAGAUGGUAAUAGUUUAGAUGACAAAAUUGACGAACAAGCAAAUUGUGUUGUGAAACCGACGAAAGAAAUCUAUUACGAUCAUGAGGAUAUAGAAAUCAAACCGAUUGAAUCAAAUGAAGUUGACGAAAAUUAUUCACAAUACGAAGAAUAUGAAGAAGUUGAUGAGAUUUAUAAAGCACCUUUGUUUGACGGUAAGGCAACUAUGUCAGCAAGGGUUAGGAUGCCAGCUAAACGCUUUGAUAUCUGGGCUGAAGUAUCCGCUGUAUGUGGCAAAGGAACAAUAAUGAGCGCAUCAGGUUCGAAGGAUCAUUUAUGGCUGGGUUUAGUUGAAGAAAAGGCUAUCUUACGAUGGAAUGCGGGGAGUGGGCCUGUGGAACUGCGUUCCGGGAAAGUUAAGACAGAUGGACGAUCGAAGAUAUCAGCAAGAAGGUACAAGAAGGAUGCAAUGCUGAGAGUUGGGUCGACUACAACGCGAGGAUCGGCGCACGGGCAUAUGACCUCGCUCGACGUCGCUUCGCUCAUUUACGUCGGCAAUCCCCCUGAAAAUGUGACCAAGUUGAUAAACUCCUCCCUUGCUGGGUUCGUGGGAUGCGUGCACCGCCUCCGAGUAAGCGGCCGUGACGUCAUCCCGCCGGCCCGGGGGCUCCAUGUCAUUGCUCAGGGACUCCGACCAUGCACUCCACAGAACCUUGCCCAACUUGAGUGCCCUUGAACAACUAUGUUUAACUUUUUGUUAAGAAACAGACAACAUUCUUACUUAUAAGAUGAAAAACCAGAAUAUUAUUUAAGACUUAUAUAAUUGAGCAUUUCCUUAUGUAUCGUUCAUGUAACAGAAAUCGACUUUUUUAUUAGUUAUUUUAAAGAGAGCAUUUGAAAAGUAAAUGAAAUUUCUUAUUCAAAACUUGCUUUUCGCGCGAAAUUAGAUUCAUAUCAUAUUUUUCACCAUACCUUAAAUUAACUAUAAGUACCUAUAGAGAGACAGAAUAUGAGACCAAUUUAUGUAAUGAGGAAUUGAAAUGAUCAGUUAUAGGCAUUUUGUUUUUUAAUUAUAAAAUUUAUAUUUCAAUCGUUUCUUGAAAUUGAAUAUUGUUGAGAAGUGAUAGAUAUUAGUACGAUGUAUUUACAUGUACUUAAUGCUUGUUUUUACUAAAAUAUUACCUGUUUAAUACUAUCUAAGUAGUUUCUACUAAUAUAAACUAUGUAGGUAAUACUUGAAAAUGUUAAACUUUCUAAUGGUGUGAUAUUUAUUUUUUAUUACCCUAUGAUUCAUAAUAGCAAUAAUAUUAUAGCUGUAUCAAAAUUCUGUACUGAGCUAUUGCAUUGUGAUAUUACU